AUGCCUCAUGUCGCCCCUGUCAUGCCUCUUGUCGCCCCUGUCACGUCUUCUCUCGCCCCUGCCAUGUCUUCUGUUGUCCCUGCCACGCCUCAUGUCGCCCCUGUGACGCAUUCUGUUGCCCCUGUCACGCCUUCUGUCUCCCCCGCCAUGCCUCAUGUUGCCCCUGUCAUGCCUCUUGUCGCCCCUGUCAUGCCUCUUGUCACCCCUGUCAUGCCUCAUGUCGCCCCUGCCACGUCUUCUGUCGCCCUUGCCAUGCCUCAUGUCGUCUCUGCCAUGCCUCAUGUCGCCCCAGCCACGUAUUCUGUCGCCCCUGCCACGUCUUCUGUCGCCCCUGCCAUGCCUCAUGUCGCCCCUGCGUUCCUCAUCGCCGCCCCACCUGUAGCCACUAACACGCCCACUACGCCACCUGUAGGCACUAACACGCCCACCACGCCACAUGUAGCCACUAACACGCCCACCACGCCACCUGUAGCCACUAACACGCCCACCACGCCACCUGUAGCCACUAACACGCCCACCACGCCACCUGUAGCCACUAACACGCCCACCACGCCACCUGUAGCCACUAACACGCCCCACCACGCCACCUUUGUGGUCAUGGAGGCAUUGUCGAAUGGGGGGGUGCUGGAGGGGGAAUCACAGAUCAUCGGCCUUAUCGGAAGUGAUGACCUCAGUAUGGUUGAAGCAUCAAUGCUACAGAGUGACCCCAGUGUAAACGUCAUGAUGGAGUUUGUUGGAGAGUCUGACGAAGCACUUUCGGAAGCCUUCUCCAAUGCAUUUACCAUCUCCUCCUCAACCACCACCACCCCUUCUUCAGCAAGGCUCUCUUCAUCCUCAUCUCCAUUCACUACGUCUUCCUACUCCACAUCAUCGUCCUUCGACACCACGUCCUCUUCCUGCUUCACGGCGCACGUAGCGACUCAGGUAGACCGAGAUGCUCACAUUGGGGAGCUGACGGGUCACCAAAAUGCCCAACCAUUAUUGUUAACAUCUCAGCUACAUCAUCAGCAUCAUCAUCAUCACCACCACCCUAGCCAGCCCCAUCACCCCCACGCAGCUCUGCAUCAUCACCACCACCAUCAGCAGCAGCAACGCCCCCAUCCACCACAGCCCAGCCAACAUUCCCACCUGCCACACAACUAUUAUCAUCAUGAACAAGUACCUGAAUCACCUGGACGAUCACAAGGAGGGUAUUCUACUGGAGGAGGAAGUUUUCCACCAUACAUCUCUCCGUCCACAAUGCAACCAUCUCACAACCUUCACGAGGCUCAUCAUCAGUUCCUUCCAGAGAUUAAGUCCGAGUCCUCCCCUGCUGAGUCCUAUAUUUCCAAUCUGAAAAGUGAACCUCAGGAUGAUUUCAUGGAUCCUCUGGAGACCCAUCUUGAUCGGGCCGGAACAUUAUCGCCUACCGUUCCCGUACCAUAUUCCCAACACCUACCAAAUAUCUCUGUUGGAAGGGGCAUUGGUGCCGUUCCCUAUGGGCAUCACGGACCCCCACCAACCCCGUCUCCUAGCGGCUUGUCAACGGUAGAAACAAAUGGAACGCCAUCUCCCGUUUCUCAGUACUUGUAUCCAACGCAGCCUCCUGUACCACCAUACCUCCUGGAACUAUCUCCAAUACACUCAAGACACCAACAUCCAGCAACUCAGCCUCAGGAACACCACCAUCAGGAUCAGCAGCAUAGCCAGUCUCAACAAAUGUCUCCACUGUCCCACAAUAAUGGACUAAAUAGUUACAUAAACAGCACUGUAGAAGAGUCUCACUCUGUUGGGCUGGGUUACUUUGAGUCAUCACAGUUACCUCAGGAAGACACCCGGCACACCACGACUCGUGCCUCGCACGUAGUGUACUUGCCUGAAAAUCAACAAGAGUUCAGAAAUAAAUAUAAGGUGAAUCGGAAGAAAUCCAGCCCAACGUCCUCGCUAAUAGAUCAAGACAGCUACGAAGAGAAACCAGUGGAUAGCAUCAGUAACGACUCGGACGAAGAAACGCUCAUUAUCGACACAGAUCCGAGCAUUAUCCCCGGCGAAGGCUUUGAAGGCUAUGAAUGUGGAGAGUGUGGCUUGGUGUGCCGCACGAGAGGGGGCCUUCGCAAGCAUCUUACCACCGAACACCUACCCGAUGAACCCGAGCCAGCCGAGACCAUCCACAAGCAAUACGUAUGCACUACGCCGCUUUGUAGUUUUUCUACUAUGAAGCGGGAUGCAUACGAUCUACAUAUUGCUAACCACAUUGCAGAGGGCUGGACGCCAACGGGAAAGAAACGUCAAAAUAAAAAUCCUCUUCAACGCCACAGGUACAAUAAAGAAGAGUUGACCUGUCCUUUGUGUGACUAUUCCUGUACCGUGGAGAAGGCCUUCAGACGCCACCUGAAGACGCACGAGGCAGGCCACCGUGGACCAGUAUCAAUAGUGUCGUGUUGUAUCUGCGGCAAAGACAGACCUAACGAAGGUGAGAUGAAAGCACAUAUGAAGAAGCAUCGUAUAGGAAAAUACUAUCGUUGCGAUAUAUGCAAAUUCCAAACUGUGCAACUCAAAAAGUUGAUACAACAUCGGAGAAUGCACACUGGCGAGAAACCUCAUUUGUGCCCGUUUUGCCCUUAUCGUGCUGCUCGCCGCGACAACCUUCGGUCCCACGUGAGGCGCAUGCACAAAAGAGAAAACAUGUACGGAGAUACUUUCACCCCUCGUUCUGUGCUGUUGGCUGAAGCAGAUUGUCAAGAUAAUCUGCACCAUAUUGCUGAUCACGAAGACCAUCAACAAGUCCCAGCCACACUCAUCACUGGACCUGCAGUUCCAGGCACAGCCAUCACCGGACCCCCACAACACCCUCAUCCUCCAUCCCAAUCAUCAUCAUUAUAAUCUGUGUAGGGUUAGUGCUGUGCUAAUGGUGGCAUUAGUCUAUCGUCAGGGUUGGCUUGACUCUGUAUCCGGUGUCUUAUUCAUAGUCAUAACUUAAUGUUAAAUAUGGGAUGCAUUAGAAAUGUUGAUAAAGCAAAAUAAUGUUGGGCAUCGGAAAAAAACAGGCCCCUUGUUAGCCACGAGUUGAAAACUACUCUUUAUUAGUGCAAUUGAUAUACUUCAAUAGAGAUACAAGGUUGACUUUUACCAGCAACAGAUAAUGGAAUGGAAUGUGAUUUAUUUCGUGUGAUUUUUGGAGAUUGGCUUUACCGUGUGCUUAUGAAAGACUUGUUGUGUUCUUAAAGAAUUUCUGACUUUUAAUGUUGCUUUACUUUGAAAUUUUUAUUUCAUUUUUUAUUGGAAAAAUUCAGUAAGUCAAAAGAUAUUAUAAAAGAAUAUGAAAUUUAUGUUCAAAUUGUAUUGUUAUGUAAAAUCACUAUAGGAUAGGUCAAUUGACUCCAAGAGUCCGCACGUACCGGUGGUUAAUCAUUUGCUUCAUGCAGAAAAAUAAGAAACAACAAAUAUACAUUGACAGCAAGAUAGAGGAGGAUGGGAUGGUGCGGUGAUGGCUCACAGCGACGGUGAUGGCUCACAGCGACGGUGAUGGCUCACAGCGACGGUGAUGGCUCACAGCGACGGUGAUGGCUCACAGCGACGGUGAUGGCUCACAGCGACGGUGAUGGCUCACAGCGACGGUGAUGGCUCACAGCGACGGUGAUGGCUCACAGCGACGGUGAUGGCUCACAGCGACGGUGAUGGCUCACAGCGACGGUGUUGAACUCCAGAGCGGGAAUACGAGGCGGUGUUCUGUUAAGGUAACCAUCAAACACACACCACCGUUUCAUAGUAGUCAGGUCUUCACAUACUCCUUACAACUAUACUCAGUGGAAACCAUUUGUCUUCAUUCAGUUACUUGAGUAUUCCACUUACUUUAAUGUAGAACUAUGAUGCAUGUCUAAAAUCGAAUUAUGGAAAGCUAACAAUCAAGAACGGAAAGGUGGCUUAAAUUACAUUUGAAGUGUAUAUCCACCUUGUUUAUGAACUACAUAAACAAGGCAUUUCCGCUUAGACAUUUAUUUAGAACUGGAUAGUGAUGAUGAAUGUGUGUGGGGGGGAAGGGGGGGGGUUGCUGUAUUGGUAUGGUAUGAUACAUUGUUCUAGUUCCGAUUGUUUAGCGUGUACUGGAAGUAGGAACUCUGUAAUGAUGCAUUUGAGAUGACCCAGUACUGCAGUCUUAGGCAAGUAUUGACUGGUUUAAGACCAGCCAGUACUACAGUCUUAGGCAAGUGCUGACUGGUUUAAGACAAGCCAGUACUGCAGUCUUAGGCAAGUAUUGACUGGUUUAAGACCAGCCAGUACUACAGUCUUAGGCAAGUGCUGACUGGUUUAAGACAAGCCAGUACUACAGUCUUAGGCAAGUGCUGACUGGUUUAAGACAAGCCAGUACUGCUGUCUUAGGCAAGUGCUGAUUGGUUUAAGACCAGCCAGUACUACAGUCUUAGGCAAGUGCUGACUGGUUUAAGACAAGCCAGUACUACAGUCUUAGGCAAGUGCUGACUGGUUUAAGACAAGCCAGUACUACAGUCUUAGGCAAGUGCUGACUGGUUUAAGACAAGCCAGUACUGCUGUCUUAGGCAAGUGCUGAUUGGUUUAAGACAAGCCAGUACUGCUGUCUUAGGCAAGUGCUGAUUGGUUUAAGACCAGCCAGUACUACAGUCUUAGGCAAGUGCUGAUUGGUUUAAGACAAGCCAGUACUGCUGUCUUAGGCAAGUGCUGAUUGGUUUAAGACCAGCCAGUACUACAGUCUUAGGCAAGUGCUGACUGGUUUAAGACAAGCCAGUACUACAGUCUUAGGCAAGUGCUGACUGGUUUAAGACAAGCCAGUACUACAGUCUUAGGCAAGUGCUGAUUGGUUUAAGACAAGCCAGUACUGCAGUCUUAGGCAAGUGCUGAUUGGUUUAAGACAAGCCAGUACUGCAGUCUUAGGCAAGUGCUGAUUGGUUUAAGACAAGCCAGUACUACAGUCUUAGGCAAGUGCUGAUUGGUUUAAGACAAGCCAGUACUACAGUCUUAGGCAAGUGCUGAUUGGUUUAAGACAAGCCAGUACUGCAGUCUUAGGCAAGUACCCUCGCAUGAUUGUGUGUCAGUUGCAAGUCUUGGCUGAAUCUCGGUUGUAUUCUUGUAUUCAGAUGUUGCAGGUUUAUUAUGAUAGAGAUGGUUUAGGAAUUAUAUGUUAAUAGGCAACUUGCAUUAUAUAUUUGAAUACAAACUUUGAUUCUGAAGAUGAGAUUGAAUCAGUGAUGACUUCAGCUGGGUUUGAUGUAUAUCUCCAUAUAAAAUAUAUGAACAGUGUGGUAAAUGAGAUAGAUUAAUAAUAUUUUACUUGCAUUUAGCAUUAUUCUGAAAAUAGAGAUUGAUGGCUGUAUUGUUAUCCAAGUUGUUGACAGUUUGAUGCAAUGUAUGUGGCAAAAUGUCCCCCUAGAUGCAGUCCCAAUUGUCAGUCUCAUAUGCUCAAUAUACUUUUGCAUGACGUAAUAUCAUAUAGUUUUAAGUUGGGUACUUGGCCACAGCGUUAUCAUUGUUGUAGAGAGAUUGCGGUAGCCAGGCUGUGGUGCCCAGUUGCCGAGAAGUGCCCAACGAGUUGUUACCAGUAAUGUUGAGUGUUCGGUAGUUAUCACAUAGGACUUUUUCUUUUUUUGUAAUGCUUUGUAACCUUAAAUAGUGAUGUAACAAGGUCCCCAGUCAAAUGGGAGCCACAUGCAAUAGAGCAAACUUGGGCUAAUGAUAAUCUACCAUGAAUUGCUUAGGAUUAUUCAUGUCCUUAAUAGUACUCCACAAAUGAUGGGCAUAAUUAGUGCCAGAGUGAAAGUCGGGACAUGUUUAACAUUAGCCCAAGUUUGGUCGUCUCUUGACCUCAAUAUCUACCUCAGGAUAAUCAUUGUUUAACCCUUAAUAUUGUGUUACACUUGCUCAGGAUUGUAUUUCAACAUCUCAGGUAUGUCUUGUUCAUAAUGUUUACAAUAUUCCAAUGUAAUAUAGCUCAGGAUGUUAUCAGUUAAGUCAGAGUAUGUACAAAUUACAGCUUGCAAAUAUGGUUAUCACUUAAGUAUCUCAGGAAACAUUAGUAGUACAAUAUUUAAUAGCUAACAGAUUUAUGGCGAGUGAUAAAGUUAUUUAAUGAGUGCCCCGUAUGUCCGUGUCAAGGGAGGCUUAAGUUACGGGUUGGCAGUUGAUGCAGCCUUUAUGAGAGCGUGGGUAACUCCCUUCACCUAACAUAUUUCUUGGAGAGACUAACAUAUUGUGUAUAUAUAUAUAUAUAUAUA